GAUGGCGGACGGGGACAGCGGCAGCGAGCGCGGCGGCGGCGGCGGGUUCGGCGGCCCGCGCGGGCCGGGCCCCGAGCAGGAGACACAGGAACUGGCCUCCAAGCGCCUGGACAUCCAGAACAAGCGCUUCUACCUGGACGUGAAGCAGAACGCCAAGGGCCGCUUCCUCAAGAUCGCCGAGGUGGGCGCGGGCGGCUCCAAGAGCCGCCUCACGCUCUCCAUGGCCGUGGCCGCCGAGUUCCGCGACUACCUGGGCGACUUCAUCGAGCACUACGCGCAGCUGGGCCCCAGCAGCCCCGAGCAGCUGGCGGCGGCGGCCGGGCCGGGCGAGGAGGCCGGGCCGCGCCGCGCGCUGAAGAGCGAGUUCCUGGUGCGCGAGAACCGCAAGUAUUACCUGGACCUGAAGGAGAACCAGCGCGGCCGCUUCCUGCGCAUCCGCCAGACCAUCAACCGCGGCCCGGGCCCGGGCUUCCCCGGCCCGCCCGGCCUGCAGAGCGGCCAGACCAUCGCGCUGCCGGCCCAGGGCCUCAUCGAGUUCCGCGACGCGCUGGCCAAGCUCAUCGACGACUACGGCGGCGACGAGGAGGAGCUGGGCGGCCCGGGCGGCGGCGCGGGGCUGGGCGGGGAGCUGCCCGAGGGCACCUCCAUCACCGUGGACUCCAAGCGCUUCUUCUUCGACGUGGGCUGCAACAAGUACGGCGUGUUCCUGCGCGUCAGCGAGGUGAAGCCGUCCUACCGCAACGCCAUCACCGUGCCCUGCAAGGCCUGGGCCCAGUUCGGCGGCGCCUUCUGCCGCUACGCCGACGAGAUGCGCGACAUCCAGGAGCGCCAGCGGGACAAGCUCUACGAGCGCCGCGCCGGGCCGGCCGGGCCGGGCAGCGGCAGCGGGGCCGGCGACGACUCCGACGGGGACGACGUGGACGACGACUGAGCGGCGCCCCCGGCCGGGGAGCCGCAGCCGCCGCCACCCCCAGCCCCGGCCCCGGCGGAGAGAGAAUCCAGCUUCACCGCAGACACCGACCGCCCCCAGGCCCGGCCCCCGCUGCCCGGAUCCCUCCCCGGCCCCUUUCGAGAUCGUGUCCCCCCCCCGCCCCCGCCCCCGCCAUGGAAACCAGCAUCCCGGCGGCCGCGCCGCCGCCGAGCGCUUGAAAAGAAGGGAGAGGCCGCCGCAGCUAUCCAGAUCCGAGGGUGCAGGUCGCGAUGGGGAAGGAGAUCGGGCCUAGCCGGGGCGGGAGGGGAAUCCCGGCAGCUUCGGGCCUAGUGUUGGGACGAGCCUGUUUCCGGACCAACGACCAUUCUGUCCUUUCCUUUGCAGACUUGUUUUCUGGGAUGCAAACUGCUCCGCUCCGGGCGCUGCCGGAACCGGUCAGCGAGCGAGUUCCCGCUGGCAGCGUGCUGAAGAUUGAGACACUUUCUUGUUUUGAUUUUUUUGUUUUUAAACAUGGGGGUUGCGAAGAGGUAGGUUCAAGGAAAAACAGGCAUAAAGCACAAGGAAAGCUGAGUGGAUUGGUUGCUGCUCACUGAAGUUCUUCCCCUUCUCUCCAAGUAAGGUGGUCUUGGAAAAGAAACGGCGUUAGCAGUAGGGAGAAGCAAGAGCCAACUCUCUCUUGGCUCCAGUGGGUUGACCCAGCCAAUAAGUGGAAUCCAGCCUGUGAGCUGGGUUUUUAAAUCUUUAAACCAUAACUUGGUUGAGAACAGCAACAUGUGGCUACAAGUCUAGUCUGUGAAAGAAUGACUGGCACAAAGUGAGACAUGAGCAUCAUUCAUCUUCAGUGGAAAUCAGUGGACAUGUUCGACUAUGAAUCUAAACACCAAGAACCUCAGGUCCAGAAGUCCAUCGCUUGUUCUUUUACAAGUUUUUAAAAAGAGAAGAGAACUCAAUCUGUUUCCUCAGUACCUCACAUUGUGUUAACAGCAGAGUUGGCAAAAAUGCACGGAUGGAUUGUACAGAGCAGCACACAACCUGUGGGAGCUUCAGAUCCAUCGCUGAAAAGGAGCAGAAACAAAAUGAAUAAGCUCUGUGACUAUAAAUACACCCUAGCAGCAUUUUUUUACCACCUUGAAAUUUCACCAUAGACUGGCUACUGCCAAUUCGUCCAGCUGUCACUCCAGAAGUCAGUUGGGGCUCUUUCCAGGGAGCGCCACUUCUGUAUUUUAAAUGGAUUUUUCACUCUAAAAUGAUUUUUUUAGCUAAUCAAGUCAACCCUACCCCUCCAGAAAGGUAUUUCUAGACACCUAGUCACAUACUAGUAACUUUGAACUGAAUGGAGAGUGUGCUAUUCAUUCCAAAGUUCCAGGUAUUACUUGGGUGACAUCAUAGAAUCUUUCAUAUUUUUUUUUAAACUGUGCAUGCCUGUCCUUUAUUUGAGCUGCCUUUUAAUUUAUUGCAUACCCUUAUUACCUUAUGUUGUUAUUACUCUACCUAUACUAUCUUUAUUUUGUAUUUAUUGGAAAAUAAGGAACAUACAAAAGGCUUUUUUUUUUUAAUGCAGUUGUGGCUGGGGGGGGAGAUUGGGUAGGAUUUUAAAAAUAUAGCUUUUGAGAUAACUGAUUUUAUCACUAUCAGAACAUUAACCACGAGUUUGUUUCAGCCACAGACCUGUAUUGUUGCCCUUUUAAAAACUAAUUAUUUCCUCCUGGUGUCCAUGGUAGGUCUUUUUAACACCAAUUUUUAAAGAUAAUUUUUUUUUAAUUCUUCUCCGUUGCAAAGAACCGGGUUUCCUAAACUGUACGGGAGCAAUAGUUUUUCUUGAUGUUUUAAUUACAUCCGUAUACUUGUACUGUAUUUUGUACUCUAAGGCAGCUGUUUUCAAUAAUGUCCUGCUGUAUUUACCUAUGUAUUUCGUUCACAUGUGUUCAGUUCUUUGCUGCGGAGAACAAAUUGCCACCGUUUCAGCAGACAGAAGGGCUGAGACAUCACAGCACUUAGGGGUGUAGAAAACUCUGCGUAACUAAUUACAGAUUGCAGGCAGCCAUGAGAAUUGAAGGCUGCAGACAUUGGGUGUAUAGUGGUGUAAUUUUUCCAUUCAUUUUAAAACUAUGUACAAUUUAUGUAUAGACCAACAACUUGUUUUGUUGCUUCAAUGGUGAUUGACCUUUUUCGUUGCUCAGCUGCAGUGAGCCAAUUCACUUUUUGCGAAGAUGCAGUACCUCUCCUUUUCAAGAGGAUUCUAUUUUUUGGCUGAAUUGCAGUAACUAGCCUUACCUUUCUACUUAUGUGGUAGCGACAGGGUCUUGAUAGUCCCUUGCCAGUGGCUACAUAAGCUAUCAUUAGCUGUCUAGGAAGUAUGUGGAAGUGGACAGAAGCAUAUAUCAUUGUAUGCCAAGAACACGGCCAUAUAUGGCACCAGCUUUGGCAACCAGAAGCAUUUCUUCUGUAGUCAUUAGACCAGAUAAGUGAUGUAUCGAUGUACAAAACUCCUUUACAGCUCAGUUUGGCCUUCCAGCAAACAUCAGGUGUGGUCAGAAUGCAGUGUGUUUCCAGAAGAAAUUUUAUAUUCAAAACUGUUAACCUGCCUGUAUCCAACUAAGCUAUCUUGAAAGGUGGGUUGAUAAGUCUUAACUGCUGUUGAUUAUCUCUUCUUACAGCGGGUUCAUGGCCAGUCUUCCCUCUGCGGGAAGAUGGAGCCCAAUUCUAGUGGCACAAGGCCAUGUUGAGUACAGUGGUUCACUGACUGAGGAAAUCAUUCCCUGUUGUUGGGGGUGAGGCAACUGGAAUCUGGAGACAGGGUAGGUGCGGCCGAAAGGAGGGAGUUUGCCUCAGAACUGCAGAAUUUCUGCAGAGAUUUUUAAUUUUCUAUUGUACUUGGGCCUACUCUGAAUAUUUCUUGUGAGAUGCAAAGAGGAUCAUUCAGAAAUACGUAUUGGGUUAUAAAUUAAGUGGAUUGAUUCUGCUGGGGCUCCAGAAGGUCCCCACAAUCCACAGCCUGUUAAAAAUUACACUGUAUAUUUUACAGUGCAUCAUUCUGACACUAAUUUGUAACAUGUUAGUUAUUCAGAACAGUCCUAUUUCUAUAGAAUCUGGCAUCACAAGAUUGGGAUAUCUCGAUGUGACCAGUAUAUCCAUUUACUCCAGGCAAGCAUGUUAACUGGAUUGUUUGUGGGAUAAUCAAACAGUUCACCUUGAUCCUUAAGCAAGUCCUGUAUAGUUAAAAGGGGGAGGAAAUUUGCUCCAUUCUUGGUGUUACUGCUGGGAUCGAGAAGGUGACCUCUGCAACAAGAAGGGUUGGACACUUCUUUAAAAAAAAAAAAAAAUCCUCAUAAAUUUGGAUUCUGUAGAAAAAUGGCAAAACACCUCUGGAGAGGAGAUUUCCUGAAUUUAUGGAACUUCCAGAUUUCUGUUGCCCCUGGAAUGACGGUUCCAGAAUGCAACUAUGUCAAAGCAUCUGCUGUACAAAACAAAAUGUAAAUCUUGUAUAGCACUAAACCCUCCAAUGUAAAUACUCGAGGCGUACAGGUAUAAAUCCCCGUAGCGUUACGGGUUGGUGUUCUGUUCCAUAGGUGUUUGCUGCAAAAGGAUUCCUGCUGCAGCGGCAGGAGCUGCCUUUAAAAAGCAGGCAGCACUGUCAGUUAUCCAGGAAUUCUUUUGUAAUAAAUCACAGGCCUUGUUAAGGAAGAGAUUCAAGCUUCUGCUUCAGUUUCCCUCCCAAAAAACACGUAAUUAUCCUGUCUGAUUUUCAAACGUUCAGGGUAAGGGGCACAAGAGGCUGGUUACAAUAAAUCCCCUCAUAUUGAGUGGCCCAUCGACGACUGCACACUUUCGAUAUUGUAAUAGCUGAGGAGGACUUGCUAAAAUGUGAUCUUUUCCCAUCUGAAACAAGGGUGUAGAAUCUGAUCUACACAAAGGAUUAUAAAGUGACUGACAACUCACAAACUACUUUGCUCUUGAGAGUGGCAGUUUCUUGAUUAUUUUUUGUUUAAAUUUUGGUGGAAAACUGUUCAGUGCAUAGUAUAUGCACAGACGUCUUCUCUUACAAGUGUAACAGAAUUAUUAUGGUACUUUAUCUGAUGCACAAUUAAUCUCUCAGCAGAUAUUCAUUGAAAAACAGUGUGGCCUUGAGUCUAACUUGUGGGGGAGGGGAGAGGAAAAUCUAGAGGUUUUCCUAUAUAAAAAUGGCACUUUUUUGGCUGUAAAUUGUUGUGAGUUCUUAGUAGUAAACGUUAUCCUGAUAUGCCUCUUCUUAAGCAGGUGAACAAUCUUAGUGUCUUGUCAUAUGCUCUUUGCUACAAACAUUAGUAUAAUGAAAAUAACUGAUCUGAUGUUAGGUUUAACUGUUUGAAUUGAUGAGAAGACCCCCUGGUAAAUGGGUUUUUAAAAGUACAGAUCCAUUUAAGAAUACUGCUAUAAACUUGCCGCGUACGUAAUUUUAGUUGUAGACAGCAGAUCCUCAACCUGUUGCACUCAGUUUCCUCUUCCUCGUGGAGUCAGAUGCUCAUAUCUUUAGGCAGGUGAAUGUCAAAAAGCUGUGGCAGUUUCUGCAUUGUGUGUAUACCAGUCCGAGAGGUAGUGUUGCUCGUUCGGUGUCUUCAGUAGGACGUUUGCCAGGUAAACACCCUGAACCCUUCCCCUGCUCCCUUUCCCAGCGAAUGCUCUAAUCUGAUUCCAGGUCUUCUAAUCUUAUUUAGGAUGCCUGGGAGAACUUUGUGUUGGCAAGAAUACUGUACCUAAAGCUGGGUUUUGAAAAUUACCGGAGACCCAUUUUAUUUGUCUUUUAAAACUGCAUACUGCUGAAAGAACAAUUUUUUUUGUACUGGUUUAUGAGGAUGGGGAAGACAUGACUCUGGUAAAAGAACAGAAGCCCCAUUCCUCUGGUCAGGUUGUGACAAAUCUCACAGCUCCUGCACUUUCUGGUUUCAGCCCACACAAGAAAAUACCAAAAAAGUACUGUGACAAAUGCUGCUUUGCUUUGUGUGUGGUGUUCUGACUGGUCAGACAGCCUUGUACUGAAACCUCAGCCCUCUUGCACAUGGUUUCCACUCCAAAGAGGUUUGGGAUCAGAGGCAGGAAUCGGGACCUCUGAGCAUGGUCACUAAUUACUGCCUCUUACCCAUGUGGUAGCAAUUAUUUUGCCACUGGCACUUAGCUUUGGUUUUUUUUACCUGUAUAUUGUGAAUGGCUUAAUACCGUGUAGUCCUAUUUAAAUUGUAACAUGGAGCAGUGCCUAGAUUCACCCCCCAAAACUCAUGACAAAUUUUGGUCUAAUCCCCUUGCCAAAAUUUCUCUCCGUCUCUUUAAACUGCGAGAGAGACUCUCCCCCGUAUGUUACUAUGAAUGCGCCCAAAUUCUUCAACCUGUCUGACGUGGUGGAUUUUGCAGCAGCCUCAGUGAGUUAAAAGGAGCUAAUGCACCGCAGGCUGAUGGGAUCUUAGUGGUUCCUGACCAUUUAGAAGUACAUGAACUCCCCCACUCUUAAAGAAUCUGUUGCUUUUUACAGCCUGGCAGAGUCCCAGGGAAGACUUGGUACCAGAGGCACAGCGACCUUACGCUGAUGAAGAAACUCAUGCUUUCAAGUGGUCUUUUGCAAGGCUUCCUUGUAAUUCCAGGAGGAUUUUAUUUUUUGAGUUGUAUUUUUCUUAGUCGUUCUCACUGCCUUCCCCUCUCCUUUUUAACCCGUGCAGUGAGUGAGCUCAAGUUUCUUCUUUUAAAAACUGAAACUCACCUGGCGAUCGCAUCGGAAGUUCCACAGAAGGAACAUAAAAGCGACGUGCAUUUGUCACAGGCGACUUGUAAUAUGCUGCUAUCUAGCCUUAAUCUCUUACGUACUGUAUCUACAGAGGAAAGCAGCCCACAGGUAAGCAGUAAGGUGCUCUGCCUUUUCAAAGCUCCUGCAGGUUGCACAGAGGCUGUUUUCUCAAUUACUGCUGCUCUGUGUAUGGCAAGAUAGAGAGAGGGAGUUGAAAUUUGCAAAGAGAGCUUAAUUUCCAACAGCGGCUAUCCCGCCUCAUAUUAACCUCGGAGAAUUUCCAAGGCCAAAUGUUUAAUUUCCUGCUCUGUGCUGUGGUGAAAGGCCCAUCUGGCUCGAAAAUCCUGCCUUUGAUUGUAUGUGGGAAUCACAAGAAGAAUAGAGCUUAGUCUGUUUCAGUUCUUCCUGCUCCUUCCCCCCCACCCCGCUCCAUAAUUGGAACAGCUGGAUUCAAGCAGUGGUAACACUGUUUUAGCAUAAAUAUAUAGAGGAGUCGAAGCGGCUCUGUCUGGGAUUCUAUGGGUGCCAUACCAGCUCUUUUUGUGUGGCGGCCGGGUGGGAGAAGUGCUCAUUAGUUAACGACACUAACAUGUAACACUUCCUCCCUCCCUCCUGGUAUGUUAGAAAUAGAAUGGGUGCUAGUGCCUAUUCUGGUCUGUUACGCUGCUGUCCUUCUGGGCUGAGCCACUGAAGCCAACAGUUACACCAGUGUCAACGUGGUCCCAGAUCAGAAUGGGCAGGGACCUUUUAUUGUGGGGAGGUAGGGAAUCCGCUCCUGAAAAUGUGCUGUACUGGCAACGCUCAUGCGCUGUCCGUCCUCCGAACGCGUUUGGCAUGAUUUGAUUGGUGGCUCUCACGGCUUGGCUGGUUAGAAUAGUGCUGGCUGGAAAGUUAAGGAGGCAAAAAGAUCAGCUUCAUUUUUAUGCCCCCAAGAUGCAUCUCUGCUACCUCCUACCACUGGUAUUAAUGUAACUCAUUGCCAGGAUGUGUCUCCCUAUGCUAGGUGUAGCACACAGCUUCCUUUGUCCUUUGCUCGCAAGUGUCUCAACCUCUGUUGGCCGGUAUUUGUGCAUUUAGAUGACAGCCGGAGCAGUGCAGUACUGUGAGCCUGGCCGGCGAUCGAGGGAGAUGCUUUGCUGGGUGGAAUGUAUGCUUUUUAAGAGGUGGGCACAUCGUUUAAUUUGGUACAAGAUUCAUGAUUGAUUGUGCAAGUGACAUAACGUUGAUCAUACUUGGAUGUAAUUGACCCAUAUGUAAAUAUACACAUGCCUGUACAUUGUAUACAUAGAGACGUCUGUGUACAUGUGUAUGUAUUUAUCAAACCUGUUCUCUGCUCAUAGUAACUGCAAACAUAGAUCUACUUCUCUAAAGCUCCCCUAUAAAUGCUCGAAAUGAAUUUGUAGGAAAUAGGACUGGUGUCAGGAAUAUCUGCUGAGAGACCAAAAAGUUCACUUUUAAGUACCUUGAUUAAAGAAUAAAGUUUAUUCCUCGUUUAUUUUUUUAAUAAAAAAAAAUGCACUUUAACUGGCAAAACACAUGGCUGCAAGGUGCAGUUCAAACCGAUGGAAACAUGUGAAAGUGCAGCAAACCGAUCAGAAAUAUUCCUUUCUCACUUGUCAAGCAAAACGCUGAAAACUAUUCAAACACCUGAGUCCAAGCUGCCCGGUUUUGUCUUGCUGCCUGUUGGUUGAAGCUCAGAUUCUGAUUCCCUUUUUUGAGGCUAGCAGGGCUGCUUUCCAAGAGCAAUGUGAACACAGCCGAGCGACAGGCUGUUGACAAAAUGACGGCAGGUCCUGGAUUUACCACUAGCGAACUAGCGAAGCGAUCGAUGAAAUCAAACCAUGCUAAGAAAGCCUCAUGCUAGUGAGCACUCCGUACAGUAGCAGAUUUUUGCAAAUGGAGUUUUACAGUCUAUAUUUAAAAAAUUGUAUGUUUGUAACAAAUAAAGUAUGCGGAAAAGUGAAUGAACCUGA